AUGCUCAAUUUAACUACCGAAACAUCGACAACUAAGAAAGAACAUGAUGGCAAUGAUGAAUCUGAGACACACGACUCUGAUCUCAGGCUGAUACAACAAUUUGAACGACGCAGAGUCCGUUUAGGCAAACGACUUGCCUAUUUGUUACGUUAUGGAGCGGAAAAGGAAGGAUGCAAAGUUGAUGAAGGUUGGGUGAAACUUAAUGAUCUAAUGAAAGUCGCCAUUUUAGCUGAACAUAGCAAAGAUGAAGUCUUAGGCGAUAUAAAAACCUCAUGUUCUUAUAGAAAAACAUACCGUUAUCAAUGGGAAGAACGACCAGAUGGAAUCUAUGUGCGCGCAGCGUAUGGAAGAAAAUUUGAAAGGGUUUGUUUUUUCUUUCUCUUU